GGUUGAACACCAACCGUGUGCAGUGUUUUCUGUUUUGAGUGUUUGGUAUUGUAAGGGAAGUGGCAGAAGUUGGAUGUGAGUUGUUUAAAUGUUUACUGUAUAAGACGCUCUGGGAUAGGUAGUGAGUGUACCGUAGGUAAAUAAAUAUAACCAUGGCGGAUAGAUUAACACAACUUCAAGAUACGAUUAAUCAGCAAGCCGAUCACUUCUGUAACAGUAUUGGCAUCCUACAACAAUAUUCAACACCCAGUAAAUUUUCUGGAUUUGAUAGAAGCGGGUCCCAGACACCUUCACAACAACAGCAAGAAGAUUAUGCGCAGCUUUUUGCUACGUUAAUCGCUAGAUGUGCUAAAGAUAUAGAUGUCUUGAUUGAAUCCUUGCCAAAUGAUGAUUCCUCAACGGAAUUGCAGUGUAACAGCUUGCGCUUGUUAGAACAGGAGAACAAGGAAGCAGGUGAGCAGCUAGAAGAAGUGGUGCGGCGUGGUGAGGCCCUGCUGCAGCAGAUCCAAGAUGCACUUGCAGACAUUGCACAGAGUCAACUAGACAUGCAAAGACUUGCUGCAGCUGAUAGUUAACAGUGCUCAGUGGUUUGUGACAAGCCCAUCUGGACAUGAAACUGUGAUGAUGAAGUUUUUUAUGUGAAGACUGUGUCAGUUUGUUGUUUACAAUAUUUGUAAAUGUUAUUGCUUAUUAAAGUUUUUCAAUUUUGA